AUGUCGUUAAGCACCGUGUUUCGUCGUGCCUCGUCGACAGUGGCCACUAUUGCCUUCCGCGCGGCUAGAUCUCCGGUGAGCCUCCCCAGUGGUGCCGUCUCCGCUCAGAGACUGAUUCAUGGUAGCCAGCUCCGCUGUGGAUCGGCUAUUUCAUUCUCGAGAUUCUCAACGGAAAGCGUCGUCAGUAAAAGAACCGCCGACGAGGAGCUUGUUAGCGUUCUCGAAUCUGAAAUUGAAUGCGCCGUGAACGAGGAGGCACCUGAUGAAAACGUCUUGGAAUAUAAGCCAGAAGGGUUUCCAUUUGAGAUAAUUGAUACUCCAGGGGAAAGAACUUUGUUGCUGCAAAGGAAAUUUGAGAAUGAAACCAUCCAAGUGGAAGUUGACUCUGCACCUUUUGAAGAUGAAGAAGAAGACGAAGCAGCAGAGGCAAACGACGACGAUGAAGAAGAGAGCUCGGGUAGAAUCAGGCUUCCAAUGGUUGUGAGUGUGGCGAAAAGUGACGGUGUCUGUCUUGAGUUUGGAGUCAGCGCAUACGCCGAUGAGAUUGUGAUUGAUAGUUUAUCGAUCAAACAACCCGAAGGAUCUGAUAACGAGCUUGCUUACGAAGGACCUGACUUUGAGGACUUGGAUGAGAAUUUGCAGAAGGCUUUCCACAGGUUCUUAGAGAUCAGAGGGAUCAAACCGAGCUUCACUAACUUUCUGGCUGAUUACGUGGCCAACAAAGAUAGCCGAGAGUAUCUGCAAUGGCUCAAGGAUCUCAAGUCUUUUGUUGAGAAGUGA